AUGCCCAACUUCGAGGUUCAACGCUGCAAUGAGGCAGAUAUGCCUCGUUUCUUCGAGAUUCUUUCUUUAGCUUUCGCGAAUGACCAUGAAUACGUGGACUCCGCAGGGAGCGAGCGCACGCUUCAACUUUUCCAUGGCGACCUUUACGUCAACUUCCUCAAGGUCAUCGACAAAGACACCGGCAAGAUGAUUGCAGCCGCAAAGUGGAAUUUGUACGAGGGUGGCGGAGUGCCUCCGCAACCAAAGCUGGAUGGUAAUUACUGGGAGAACAAAGAGGAAAAGGAGUUCACGCAAUACAUGUUCCAUGCCUUCUUCGCCUCUAGACAAGUCGAAAUUGAAGAGAGUGGUGCUUGUUUAGCCGCACUUGACAUGCUCAUGGUGGAUCCGGCCUGGCAAAAGCAAGGAGCUGGAAGAAUGCUGAUAAAUGUGAUGGGGCUGAUAUUUCAGGCUGUCGUCGAAGGCUCUGAUAGAGGAAGGAGACUGUACGCAACAGAGGGAUUUGAUAGCCCACAUUACGUGUGUCCUGUGCCCGAGAAGUUUACGACACGACGUAAGCAGACAUACUGGUGGAUGAAGCGACCAAUUCAGUCUAAGAAUUCCUUAAACUCAAUGUCGGACUGGAUUGAACCUAGGUGUUGCAAUCAAAGAUGA